AUGCAGUUUGUUGAGCGUGCUAUAGGCUCGGUUUCGAAGACCUGGUCUUCUAUCAACCCUGCAACGCUUUCUGGAGCUAUCGACGUGGUGGUCGUUGAGCAUCCGGAUGGUAGACUGGCAUGUUCACCCUUCCACGUACGGUUUGGUAAGUUUCAAAUUUUGAAACCUUCGCAGAAAAAAGUACUGGUCUCUGUGAACGGACAGCCCACAAAUAUCCCCAUGAAGUUGGGAGACUCGGGAGAAGCCUAUUUUGUGUUUGAAACGGAAGCAGACGUUGGAAGCAUACCUGAUGAGCUCAUUUCUUCACCUGUCGUAAGUGCAGCCAGCAGUCCGUCUUCGCUGCCAGAUGAUACACAAACUCCCAGCACGACUUUGGAAGAACCGGAUUUCUUGGAUAUAGGUAAACCUGCACAAGUUGAAUCACUAAUCCCUUCAACACCUCCACCUUCCAGAAGACAUUCAAUUUUCGAAGAACGGGCACGCAGACUGAAUCAAAAACUGCAGGAAAAGCAAAUACCUAGCAAAUUCGAUAAUAACGGCGAUUUACUGCUGGACAUCGAAGGUUACAAACCUAGCAAGGAUAAGGUCCAAAAUACGGACGCUAUGCUGAAACAGUUGCUGCAGGAUGAAUUGGGCACAGAAUUUGACAUUUCGUCGUUUGUCAAAGAAGAUCGCAGCGGAAACAUGCGGAUUGUAAAUCCUGGAGACGACGGUUCCUUAUUGUCACCUCCUGGCUCUCCUACACCCCAGGCCGGUGAUGAACUAGAUAUUCCAACCUCAGCACUCUCCGGAACCUCUACACAAACUUCUAUCACCACCUCGACAGAAUUCACGCCACAGCCCUCUGCUACAGCCCCAAAAAAUUAUAUCAAAACUAUUCGUCUCACAUCUGAGCAGUUGCAGUGCCUGGAUUUGAAAUUCGGUGAAAACGACCUUUCGUUCUCUGUUGAUAACAGCAGAGCUGUUGUAAGUGCGAAACUAUUUUUAUGGCGGUGGGACGUCCCGCUCGUUAUAUCAGACAUUGACGGUACGAUAACAAAAUCUGACGCAUUGGGACACGUCUUGACUAUGAUUGGAAGAGACUGGACACACCUGGGUGUUGCAGAGCUUUUCACAGAGAUCAAGAGGAACGGCUACAACGUUGUUUAUUUGACGGCCAGAAGUGCAGGACAAGCAGACUCUACAAGAAGCUACUUAAACAGCAUCGUGCAAGCUGGCUUCAAGCUGCCGCGUGGUCCAGUUAUACUGUCACCCGAUAGGACCAUGGCAGCCUUCAGGAGGGAAGUUAUUUUGAAAAAGCCCGAGGUGUUCAAAAUUGCGUGUUUGAAUGACCUUCGAAGACUUUAUCUUGGAGAAUCCGAUCUGGCCAAGCUAGACGAUGAGGCAAGACAAAACGAUUGCCCCACGCCCUUUGUGGCUGGAUUUGGCAACCGAAUCACAGAUGCUCUUGCAUAUCGUACUGUUGGUAUACCCAGCUCAAGAAUUUUCACCAUCAACCCCGAUGGCGAAGUGCACAUGGAGCUAUUAGAGCUUGCGGGUUACAGGAGUUCGUAUAUUCACAUCAACGAAUUGGUUGAUCAUUUUUUCCCGCCUGUGAAUUUCAACUAUGCUAAUCGCGACGAUGACCACAGAAGCCUUUCCCCCGCACCAGGGUCUCCCACUGGCACCAUCAUGGAGGACAGAUCGUUUCAUCGUUCCCGCGAAGUACAGUUUACGGAUGUGAACUUUUGGAAAGAGCCAAUUCUUGACUUGGACGAUCUGUCAGAGCUGGAAAGCGUUGACCCAGAGGAACAGGUUGCUGGCGAGGGUCCUGCUCAUUCUUCGGAGGUGUUUUCCGAUACAAAAAGCUCGAAGAGCACAAGCUACGACACAAACUCUCCUUCGACCCCCAACAGCGCUCUACAAAGCUAUCGUCUUUCUGGAAAUCCGAAGACUGCCGGGAAGCAAUUCUACCUCGAACUUGGUUCGCCAUUGGCGUCGCCCAAACUCAAUUACAUGGACACCGUGCAGGGCGUGGAGCAACAAUUGAAAAAACUCAAUUUGUCGAAACCCACGGAGCCUAGUACCCACGUAUCUCCACUGCAUGUCCUCGACGACUCUCGUGCGUCAGGAGUUGAUCCUAAAACAUUGCAGAAGGAUUUCCCAGUGUCUAAGAGCCAUCUGGAAAGCACUGACGACGAGUUUGACGAGGACGAGUUUGAAGACGACGACGAAGACGACGAAGACUAUGAGCCGUACAGGAUGGACGAAGAGGGGGAUAGUCAGGAAGGUGAAGAAGACGAGGAUGAAGACGAGGAUGAAGACGAGGAUGAAGGCGAGGAUGAAGACGAGGAUGAUAUUAAUGACGAGGACGAAACGCACAGAUUUGAAGGCGUUGAACGAAAAUCAAUCAACAAAGACCUGGACCACGGUCAGAGUCUGAAAGGUUCUGUACCACAAGAAAUCAAAAUUAGGGAUUAA